AUGGGAGAACUUCGAAAGGGUCUCAACAGUGUGAAUGCAUUUACCAAACUUGCAAGUAGUCAGAAAACAAUGUUUCUUGAGACGAAGAGUGUCGAUGCUGAACCUGUCAGUGGCGAUGGGGAACCCGAGAAGGAAGAAAGUUCGGAGUCCAGUGAUAGUGAGAGUAGUUCUUCUGACAGUGUUGAAUCUUCCUCUAGUCGGUCUAAAAGCGAAUCAGGGGAAAACGUUUCUGAAGACGGCCUUGAAACGGAGACUGGUGAAGAUACGACUUUGUCUCCAACCGUGGUAGCCCCACCAGGUGAUCUUGAAACGGAUGUUGAUGAAAGCAUCGUUGCGAUCCAGACAGUGGAAAGUACCCCAGUGGCCGCAGAUUUCUCUGAGGUUGAAAAGUUGAUGGCCGAAACAGUCGAAGGCCCUUCUGCGGAUAUCGUGAAGAAGCAGGAAGUGGAAGUCGGCAAGCUGUCCAGGAAGCUAAAGUUGAAGAGGUCGUCUCUUCAAAGCGCAAAGGAGGCUCUCGCCAAGAAGAUCAAGCCAUUCUUGGAAAACUUUCCUUGA